CAAGUCCAAUGACCUACACAUCCGGUUCACUUCUUCCGUUUCAUACGUGUAUAGUGGCAAAGUUAAAAGGGACAAGCCGGAGGAAUGCCCGAGUCGGUGUCGCGGAAUUUCCUGGCUUCUAAAUUGUGUCCACUGACAGCACCGGCUCCUCGCCAUUGACAUUGGUAAAUGCUCGAACGGCCAAGACGAUGCCGAGUUUCAAGACGACCGAGGUGCGCGACCGCUGGCCCGAGGAUGUUGGGGUGCUGGCCAUGGAGCUGUACUUCCCCUUCCUCUACGUGGACCAGACUGAGCUGGAGGUCUUCGACGGUGUCUCUACGGGAAAGUACACCAUUGGGCUGGGCCAGGCCCGCAUGGGCUUCUGCUCGGACCGAGAGGACACCCACUCGCUCUGCCUGACGGUGACGAGCCGCCUGCUGGAGCGCACGGGGGUGGGCCUGGACCGCAUCGGUCGCCUGGAAGUGGGCACCGAGACCCUCCUGGACAAGUCUAAGAGCGUCAAGACGGUGCUCAUGCAGCUCUUCGAGGAGAGCGGCAACACGGACAUUGAGGGGGUGGACACCACGAACGCCUGCUAUGGCGGCACGGCGGCACUGUUCAACGCCGCCGCCUGGGUCGAGUCCAGUGCCUGGGAUGGACGCUACGCCCUGGUGGUGGCGGCGGACAUUGCGGCGUACGCGAUUGGACCGGCGAGACCUACGGGUGGUGCCGGGGCGGUGGCCAUGUUGGUGGGCCCCAACGCAGCCCUCAUCCUCGAACAAGGAGUGCGUGCGUCGCACAUGUGCCACGUGUACGACUUCUACAAGCCGGACCUGCACACGGAGUACCCCCGGGUGGACGGCAAGCUGUCCGUGGAGUGCUACAGCCGCGCUCUGGACAAGUGCUACGCGGGCUUCUGCAGGAAGGCACGCGUGGCCUACGCCAAAGAGCGCGGUGACCGCCCGGUGACUCUGGAGGACCUGGACGCCAUGCUGUUCCACGCCCCGUACGGAAAGCUGGUGCAGAAGAGCCUGGCCCGGCUGGUGCUCAACGACUUCCUCAGGGACCCCGCACAGCACCCGGCCCUGGCUGCUUUUGGCUCCCUGAAGCUGGAGGACACUAUCCACGACCGGGAGGUGGAGCGAGCCUUCAUGCAGCUGAGCCGCAAGACCUUCCAGCAGAAGACCGAGCCCAGCCUGCUGGUGUCCAACCAAGUGGGCAACAUGUACACCCCGUCCCUGUACUCCUGCCUUGCCUCCUACAUCGCCAGCUGCCCCGUGUCGGAGCUGGCCGGGCGCCGGGUGGGGCUCUUCUCGUACGGGUCGGGGAUGGCGGCCACGCUGUUCAGCAUGCGGGUGACGCGGGACCUGUCCCCGGAGUCGCCUCUGCUGGAGCUGCACGCCAGCCUCGCCGACCUGCCGGCCCGGCUGGCCCAGAGGCGCAAGGUGCCCCCUGCCGAAUUCGCCCGCAUGAUGAAGCUGCGGGAGGACACGCACCACCUGGUCCCGUACAGCCCCGUGGGGUCCCUGGACGAGCUGUUCCCGGGCACCUGGUACUUGACCCAGGUGGAUGAGAUGCACCGGAGGAGCUACAAGCGCCUCCCGCUCCUCGACACCAACGGCAGGGCCCCCAGGGCACCCUUCAAGGAGGACGCCGCCACCAACGGACAGCCGGUCGGUGCAUCAGAGUCCGAGGCUCACUGAACCUCGGCUUGAGUCCAAAGGUUCCCUUCCCUCGACGACGGCGGCCGCCUUGGAUGUGCCCCCCCACGUUGUUCCGAAGGAGCUGAAUGGGGACGUUCGGGCACCGGAUCGGCAUGCUUCCCAACGUGCAGCCGGCUCGGGCGUUGCGGCGGAAGUAUUGCGUUUUCCGCAGGAAGGUGACGGCCUGGCUGCUUUGGCGGUGCAGUGUCUGCAUUUCGAGAAGAGACUCUCGGCAAUGUCCGAACUACUAACCGAAUCUCGGAGCAGUGGGCCGUUGGCAGCCGGCACGCUUGGGGCGAAAGGAACGGCAGCUAGAGUCUUCCCCUUCUCCGCCAGGCCCCGACCUCACAGUGGCCGUCGAGCACUUCUGUGGGGACGCACGACGGGUCAACGCGUGUACAUAUGUUACCCAAAGAAGUUUGUUUAUAUAAUAUCUUUCGGACCGGGCGCAGAUACGAACCCUUUGUCGGGCUGCAUUGUCACCGGCGUAGCUGCCGCGAGAACGCGUGGGGACUGCUUCAGAGGUUUACGCUUUCGUAAGCUCCGGUCGAGCUGGCUCGAGUUCCUGAGGGUGCGCCUCUUCCAGUUUGUAUCGCGCCCCUCGACGGAAGCCUGCUCGACCGGAACAUGCAGCUAGCUGCACUACUAUUGGAAAGUUUUAUAUCGCGUAUAGUAUUUAUUUCUCACGCCGCGCAAUCAUGGUACUAUGGUAUGAGGGUUAGAUUUUUUUUUUCUCGCGGGAUUGCACUGUUUGUAAAUCAUCAAGAUUUUUUUUUGGCAUAUGGCCAAUCAUUUUUUGUUUUUGUUUAGUUUUUUACUAAAACGAUUCCUCAAUAAACGAGUGUAUGACUUUGCAUGCCGGACAUCGAGAAUGGUUGUUUUUAGAAAGCUGGAAGGGUCGCGAAGUAUCUCCUCUCUGAGUUGUUUGCCUGUAGACCAGCCUUGCAAGUUUUACACUUACAAAUUGUGAUGCAAAGCAUGGAUUAUAUGGUGAACUAUUAAAGGUUAUAACUACCUUCUUA